GGGGAUGACCAACAGUCCCUGGUGGCAUUUUGCAGACGCGUCCCAUUGAAAGCAGGAUAGAGAGCACAGAAACCAGCAAGGAUUCAUGCCGUGGAAUCAAAAUCCAGGCCAUGGAUAUAACUCUGAAGUCCCAUUUUAUAAAGAUUGCUAAUAUUCCAUGGAGGAAUAAUAACCUCAGUACCCCGUAUACAGAGCCUCCUCUGUCAGACCAAGGAGAGACCAUCAUUGGAGUGUACCUGUUAGUGCUUGGGUGGCUCUCCUGGUUCGGGAACAGUCUAGUGAUCUUUGUCCUGUACAGACAGCGGGCUUCCCUUCAGCCGACAGAUUUCCUCACUUUAAAUCUCGCCAUCUCUGACGCCAGCAUCUCAAUAUUUGGCUACUCCAGGGGGAUUCUAGAGAUAUUCAACAUCUUACAGGAUGAUGGGUAUUUGAUCACCUGGAUCUGGACGUGCCAGAUAGACGGUUUCUUCACCUUGCUCUUUGGCCUUGUAAGCAUCAACACCUUAACCGUCAUCAGUGUCACCAGAUACAUCAAGGGAUGCCACCCACAAAAAGCGAACUGUAUCAGCCUGAACACCAUUGCCAUAUCACUAAUAUGCAUCUGGACAGGAGCAUUCUUCUGGUCUGUGGCUCCAAUUCUGGGCUGGGGCAGCUACACAGAUCGAGGUUAUGGGACCUGUGAGGUGGACUGGUCCAAAGCCAAUUACUCCACCAUCUACAAGUCAUACAUCAUCUCCAUCCUCAUCUCCUGCUUCCUCAUCCCGGUGAUGAUCAUGUUCUUCUGCUACGUGUCCAUCAUCAACAUGGUGAAGAACACGCUGUCGGCGGAUGGCUACCUCACUGCCCGACAGAGGAAGGUGGAGAGAGAUGUUACCAGGGUUUCCAUUGUAAUCUGCACAGCUUUCAUCAUGGCCUGGUCGCCCUAUGCAGUGGUGUCCAUGUGGUCUGCCUGGGGCUUCCACGUGCCCAGCACAACCAGCAUCAUCACCCGUCUCUUUGCCAAGUCUGCCAGCUUCUAUAACCCGCUCAUCUACUUUGGCAUGAGCUCCAAAUUCCGCAAGGAUGUCUCUGUGCUGCUGCCGUGCAGCCGAGAGAAAAGGGAGGUGGUACGUCUGCAGCACUUUAAAAACAUCAAACCCAAGGCGGAGGCCACGCCCCCCGUCGCUGCUGCUACUGCAUCGCUUCCUGUCCAGAAGCAGGAAGCUAAAUACACAACAGGAGAGCUGAAACAACCCAGCGCUGACAGCGACUCAGGGGUCAACAGCCUUCCUCACACCCCGCCACCUGACACGCAGGAGGUCUUCCACAUCGAUGUGCCCUCGCAUGUUGAAACGUCAGAGUACUGGUGUGACAGACUCUAAAGACGGCACUCUGCUCGUUUCUCUUUCCAUAUUACUUGAAUGAAACUUACUCAUUGGAUUAUAGGGGAAAAAUCAGGUUAUUUUUGUAUUUUUCAGUCUUACCCAUAUUAAUAGACUGUAUGCUUAACUCUGUCAAUAAAUCCUUUUGUGAUACCCAAUGAGGAUUUUA